AGCCACCAUGUCAGAAGGGGACAGCAUUGGGGAGUCUGUGCAUGGAAAACCUUCCGUGGUCUAUAGAUUCUUCUCAAGGCUUGGACAGAUCUACCAGUCCUGGUUAGACAAAUCCACCCCGUACACCGCAGUGCGAUGGAUUGUAACUCUGGGGCUGAGCUUUAUCUACAUGAUUAGAGUUUAUUUACUGCAGGGUUGGUACAUUGUGACAUAUGCCUUGGGAAUCUACCACCUAAACCUCUUCAUAGCUUUCCUGUCGCCAAAGGUAGAUCCCUCUCUAAUGGAAGAUUCAGAUGAUGGUCCUUCCUUACCCACGAGGCAAAACGAAGAGUUUCGGCCUUUCAUCCGAAGGCUCCCAGAAUUCAAGUUCUGGCACUCUGCCACCAAAGGAAUCCUGGUGGCUAUGGCAUGUACAUUCUUCGAGGCUUUCAACGUUCCUGUCUUUUGGCCAAUCCUUGUGAUGUACUUCAUCAUGCUAUUUUGUAUCACGAUGAAGAGGCAAAUCAAGCACAUGAUAAAGUACAGAUAUAUACCCUUCACACAUGGCAAGAGGAAAUACAAAGGGAAGGAGGACGUGGGGAAGACCUUUGCUAGCUAGGAGCAGCAAAUCAAGUCACUGACCAAUUCUCCUUGUCCCUAAAGGAACGAUCUCGAGCCAUUGUAACAAUGCCUUUUUUCUUCAUAAAGUGAUUAACAGAGUGGUGACAAAGCAGUUGAAUUUUCAUUUUAGGAGGAUCUUGCUGUUUUUAUCUCAAGUAUCAGUUUCUCGAGGAAACUGGCAUUCGAACCAAAUCGCAUUGAGUUUGUUCUCUUCUGUAACAAGUUGGAGAGACUUGGGGGAAUCCCAUGGAUUUGGGAUAGUGUCUGUCUUUGGAGUUCCAUUGCACUGAAGAGAUGAAUGGCUUAGAGCUGGAUAUUUUUACCUAGUUCUCCUGCUCAACAUCCCCCUGACGUGCUGUGCACAUCUGUGCAGGGAAGUGUUUGCUGGCACACAUGAUGCUGUUUUCUGCUUCAUGGCCAUGUGCUGUUUCAUUUUCAGUAACCUAAGUAGAUGCAGAACUUAAGCCAGUUUCCUAGAUGCAUGGUAUUGCUGAGUUAGAACCAAACCAAUAUAGGUAGGAGUAAAAAUCUACUAAAUCCUGGGUUAAGUAGGGCACAAAUCCUCAUCUAGCUUCUAAAGCAACUCAUUUGUGUUGGGUUUCAAUGCCAGUUUCACUGUUCCAUCUCUGAGCAGAUGCUAAAAUUGGGCUCUUUGGUGAUGACUCAGAACUUUGUUCAAACUCUAUCACAAUUUCCUUUGAGGACCUGGAAUUAUAAAAUAUAUAUAUUUUAAUUGUUAUUAGUUGGAGUUUCUUUCAUACUUAAUGGUUUCUGGGUUAAAUUAAGCUGACCUGAGGCAGCCCCACAGGAUGUUCCCACACUGGCCAGGCCAGGACAGACAGUGGUUGGGGUUUUAACACAGCUCUUCAUUUUCUAUGGGGGGGGAAAAAAAAAAGAGAGAGGUAAAUGACCUGCAUGUAAACUUUUUCAUGUGAUACAACUGCAGUUUUAUUAAGUGACUUUUUAAUUCCAAAAUUUAUUAAAAGACAGUGUUCCCCUUUA